AAGUUUAUUAAUGUGGCACUUAAUCUCAUUUCAGGAGUUGAGGACAGGCUUUGGAACUUGACAGUUUUUAUCUACUCAUCUCUGUAGUAGUCGGAUGAAUUGAUGCGAUAUGUCAUUGCUUUUAUGAUCCUGAGCUGUUUUGUCAGAUUGAUUUUGGUUGUUGAGGUCAGUGAGCAUUUAUAGUCUGUUCUUUUCUGCCAUAAACAUCAUUCAGCCUUUUUGGCUACCUGAAGUGACAUGAUGGAAGAGGAAAAGUUCAGAGCCAAUAUGUUGUCUUUAUGAAGACAUAUUUGUCAGGUCAGUAGAACCCUCCAGUUGGGAUGCCUGGACGCUACAUUCAUGUCAUACAUUCCAUGAACAGAUACAUCUCAAGGACAGUACACUUGCCAAUUUUACACCAUUAAGUACAUAUCUACUUGGCGAAACAAGUGUCUGGGACAGGGGUGAGCAAACGCCUGUUGGGAUGGUGCACCCACCUAGCACACACAGCUUCACAAAGGUCUCCAAACACUAUAGUCAGUUGAUUGUCAAUCUGGUUCUGUUUGUUUCAGCUGACGUCUCAUUGGUUAAACUAUGUGUGCUUGAUUGGUUUGAACAGAAACCUGCACCAUCAACAAGUGACUGCCUGGACAUAUUUACCAGGCUGGAUUCAUUCGCAAGUCCUAACAAGACAGAGUUCAUCAAGGCUAAAUACCAGAUGUUGGCGUAUGUUCACCGGAUGCCUUGUCGCGAAGAUGACAGUGUAACAGCAAAAGACCUCAGCAAGCAAUUGCACUCGAGUGUCCGGACAGGGAACCUUGAGACCUGCCUGAGACUUUUGUCAUUGGGAGCACAAGCUAAUUUCUUCCACCCUGAGAAGGGAAACACUCCUCUGCACAUCGCAGCCAAAGCAGGACAAAUGCUCCAGGCAGAACUGUUAGCCGUUUAUGGAGCAGACCCAGGAUCAUUGGACUCUUGUGGGAAGACUCCAAUUGAUUAUGCGAGACACGCUGGACAUCAUGAGUUGGCUGAGAGACUAGUGGAGAUCCAGUAUGAGCUGACUGACCGGUUAACGUUUUACCUGUGUGGCAGGAGGCCAGACCACAGAAAUGGGCAACACUUCAUAAUUCCUCAAAUGGCUGACAGCAGCCUCGACUUGUCGGAAUUUGCCAAAGUGGCAAAGAAAAAGCUACAAUCACUAAGCAACCAUCAGUUUGAAGAACUGGCCAUGGAUGUUUAUGACGAGGUUGAUAGAAGAGAGACCGAUUCAGUCUGUCUGGCCACCCAGAACCACAGCACACUAGUGACAGACACCACAGUUGUGCCUUUUCUCCCUGUUAACCCAGAGUACUCCUCCACCAGAAAUCAGGGUCGUCAAAAACUAGCUCGCUUUAGUGCACACGAAUUCACAACCUUGGUCAUUGACAUCCUUACUGAUGCAAAGCGACGGCAGUGGGGAAAUGCUUGUGAAAGUCCGAAAGAGAAUGUAGAGCUGAUCCUGCAGGGAAUCAACAGUCGGCAUAACAGCGAGAGUCAGGACAAUGACCAGCCAGAUUACGACAGUGUGGCAUCUGAUGAGGAACCGGCCCAAGAGGCGACAUGCCGAGACAACGGCAACAACGGCAGGACAAAGAGCUCGGAGUCAUCUGACCUCUCCGACGGCCCGAUCACGGUGCAAGAAUUUAUGGAGGUGAAGAGUGCCCUCACUGCCUCAGAGGCCAAAAUACAGCAGCUUCUAAAAGUCAACUGUCAUCUGAGUGAAGAGUUGCGAAUGAUGCAGAGCAAGCUUAACUCCUUGCAGACGGAAAACACAACCCUUCGAUGGCAGCCCCCCACCGGGUCCCAACAGCAUCUCCAGGGCCCGCUCAGUCGCCACCCACCAAGGGGAGGCCGUGCCAUGUCCAUGUACGAGACAGGCUCUGCUCCAAAGUUCCCCCACCGCGCUGACGCAUCUCGGCAAGAGGACGGGGUCAUUUUACAGCCUUUCCCUACCAACAUGGGGCGGGGCCCUUUGGGCACAGCUGCAUCCUCCCUCCCUACAAUCCCAUCUUCCCGCUCCUGGUCUUGGGAUGAAAGAUCACGAAGGGGCUGCAGUCUGGAGGGAAGAAGCACAACGCUUGACGACUACGACAUGACGCCCAACCACUCUCAGCUGGAGGAGACUUGCAGCGCUCCACCGGCCUGUGACGCAGCUGAACCUGUUAAGGAGGUAGAGGAAGAUGCCACACUGCCCUGCACAGAGGAUGUCAUCUGUAAGACGGAGCAGAUCACCAAAAACAUCCAGGAACUUCUGAGAGCAGCCCAGGAGACCAAGCAUGAAAGCUUCCUGCCCUGCUCUGAAAAGAUCUGCCUGGCUGUGACAGAGAUGGCCGCCCUCUUCCCCAAGAGACCGUCCUCAGACACGGUCCGCGGGUCCCUGUGUCUGCUGACGUCCAGCGCCAGUCGGCUGCACGGUGAGUGUCAGAAUGCGGCGGAACACCAGCCCGGCCCGUCCGACAUCCAGCUGGUCACUCAGCAGGUCAUCCAGUGCGCUUAUGACAUCGCCAAAGCAGCCAAGCAGCUCGUCACCGUGACAACCAAAGAAAACAACAACUAAGAACAAACAUCCCACACUUGAAACAUAUAUGGUGUUACUAACCGAAACAUUAUCAGUGUUAACCCUUUGUUUUCUAAAAAGGUGUACAAAUAAUCGCCGACAUUCCAGAGUGAGCAAAUUCUUCAAUGUGUCAAAGCGAUUUUCAGCGUUACGUCAGUGUUUUUGUACUGUGGUGAAGUACACAAAAGACACCGACUAACAUUUCCAAAUGUGUAACGUCGUGUCCAUGUAACAGAGAUGAUCGCUCCCACGUUAGAAUCCAAAACUGCUGUGGAUGUUUCCUCCCUUUAGAUUUGACCAUAACAGAACGUGUUUAAUUCAGUGUGACACCACUUCUGUGAGUAAACUGUGAUCAUUGAAAUUUAACUUUUGUGUGGCGCCGGCAACAGUAAGCUUGGGUUCACCGUCUUGAGUUCCGAUGUAACAGCCAUAACAUGUGUUGGUGUGAGCGUGCGUGUGCGAGCAACUAUCCUCAAAACCUUGUGCGAGUCGGACUCACUUUUUAAAAAGCAUUAUGCAAAUAUAUAAACACAAUGUAUGUAUCAAUGUAAUUCUCUAUUGAAAAUCGGAUUCUAUUUAUGAAAUGUAUGUCAUACCUCUUUGAGAAAAUAUCAGUGUUUAUUUUCAUAAGCUUUUUUUUUCUGGUGACAUGAUGCUUCUCACAGGCAAGUGUGUCGUGAGGUUUUUUUUGGGAUAUUGCUGCCGUAACCCCUGUUGUUCACCGUACUUGUGGUGCACUUGCUCCAGUGCGUGAAGAUCCUGCCUGUUACUCUCUGGUUUACAAUCACUGGUCGAGUCAUUGUGCCCCCAAUGUUCACUCUGGUUCUGAUGCUUCUAUCGCUCACCCGGCCAGAAUCAUGCUAUCAAGGAGGUUUACAGCGGGUUGUGGAUUUACCUCACAUUAAAUGGAAAUCACAAUA